AUGUAUUGGGCCAAGCAGACGUUGCCGAUGUAUCACUCAAAUUCACCAACAGCUCCGGCGCAUGCAUACUUCAACUUCUUGGAUUGCAUGAGCAACCAUACUUUGACCGAGGAGAACGUGACCGCAACAGCAUUAAAGCUACUACAUACGACACUUCCCGACUUGCUCGACGGCCUCAAAUAUGGCUUGUUCACCUCCGAACAACUAGUUAAAGCCUACCUUGCCAGAAUCACCGAAGUCAAUCACAUAUUCCACGCCACUGUCGAAGUCAACCCCGAUGCCACGGUGAUUGCCAGAUGCCUAGACAAUGAGCGCCAUCAGCGCGGUUACCGUCGCAAGCUUCACGGCAUCCCAAUCUUCGUCAAAGACAACAUACCCACGCUCGACGCCAUGGACACUACCUGUGGUUCCAUGGCACUUGUUGGCGCGCGACCAGCAAAGGAAGCGGAUAUAGUAACUACCCUGAGAAACGCCGGUGCCAUAAUUCUGGGCAAAGGGAACAUGGCAGAGUGGUCGGGUUUUCGAUCGACGAGUGGAUGUAGUGGGUGGAGCGCGAGGGGUGGGCAGACGAAGGGGGCGUAUUAUCCCGAAAUGAAGGCGAGUGGGAGUAGUAGUGGGUGUGCUGUGGCUGUGUCGAUGGGGUUGUGUGCGGCCGCGGUGGGGACGGAGACGUGCUACUCCAUUGUCUCUCCUGCCGAGAAAGCAGGCAUAAUAGGGUUUAAACCUACGCGCAACUUGCUGUCUUCCGAUGGCCUUAUCCACGCUUCUCAACGUCUCGAUACCGUUGGCUUACUUACCCGUACCGUCUCUGACGCAGCAGACAUUCUGCUUGAACUCAUAUCCCACAGCAAUCACCACGACGUAUCUGCAAAGGACAAGCUGAUUAAAGAUAUCACAUGCUCAUUUUCAAAAACGUCCCUAUCCACCAUGCGCAUCGGCAUACCCUGGAGCCUGCAAGGCCUCACCAUACUGUCCCUCCCCAAACGCGAAGCUUUCAGACACGUCCUCAUCGCCCUCCAACGCGCCGGCGCAACACUCGUGCACGACGUCCACAUGCCCGGCGCAGCAGAAUUCGAAGCCCUGACCCCAGCGCAGAAAUCCAUCAUCCUCGACACAGACAUGAAAACCUCCAUCAACACCUACCUCUCCUCGCUCGUCACAAAUCCCCAAAACAUACACAACCUCCACGACCUCAUCGCCUUCACUAAAGCCUGUCCCGAAGAGGAGUUCCCGGCCCGCAACGUCGAGGUUCUCGAGCGCGCGGAGCGUACGCAUCCAGACGACACGUUGUACCUCGACAUGCUUUCCCGCGACGAAUAUUUCGCCGGCCAAGGCGGUAUCCCAGGCGCGCUGGACAGGCGAAGGUGCGACGUCCUGCUCCUGCCCACUCUGUCCGUCACGAUGCAGACGUUCGCAGCGAAGGCGGGGAGUCCUGUGCUGAGUCUGCCGAUGGGAGUGUAUGCGGAGGACACGCUGGUUGAGAGGGAUGAUAGGAAUGGGUUGGUGGAUGUUGCGCCGGGGAUUCCGUUCUCGGCUUAUAUCUUUGGACGAGCAACAAAGGAUGAGGAUGUGCUGAGGGUGGGGGAUGUGUUGGAGAAGGCGCUGCGGGUCAGGAAGAUGUUAAGGCCGUACAUUGAGGCGAAGAGUGAGAUUGGGGAUAUUCAGGGGGGCGGGUGA